AAAAGUUUGACGAAGGCCACGAGCACGAUCUUCUUUCUGGGCGUGAUGAUGGGAGCCAUAACGACUGGAUUCCUCUGCGACAAGUAUGGAAGGAGAAACGUUCUCUUGGCCUCCUACAUCAUGGCGUUGGUGUUCGGUUUCUCCAGCGCUUUUGCAAACUCCUACGUCCUGUUCGCCAUCCUGAGAUUUCUCACCGGGUUCGGACUGACGGGAAUCGGCAUCAAUUCCUUGGUUCUGACCAUUGAGUGGGUGGACACAGACCACCGGUCGUUCAUCGGCGUGAUGGGCAGUCUGUCCUGGUCCGUUGGGAACAUGCUGUUGGCAGCUUUUGCCUACUUGGUGAACGACUGGCGGAAUCUGAUCAUGGUGGUUACGGCUCCUCUGGGUUUCGCAAUUUUGACCUGGUGGUGGAUCCCUGAAUCUGCUCGGUGGCUUCUGGUGAACGGCAAAGUGGAGAAAGCUCAGUUUUACCUCGACAAAUGUGCAAAGUUCAACAACCGACCAAAAGUGUCGACCAAAUUCAAACUGCAGACGCUCUGCGACGUUGAAAACUCAGAAGAACAAAACAAGAGCUACAGUUACGUUCAUCUGAUCAAGACGCCGAAGAUGAGACAGUUAACGCUGAUCACUGGGAUUGUGUGGUACGGAGUCGCCUCCACGUAUUAUGGAAUCAGUCUGAACAUCGGCGGGUUUGGACUGAACAUGUACCUCACUCACUUCAUCUAUGCAGCCAUCGAAGUUCCCGCCAAACUGAUGGUCUACUGCUUCCUCAACAUCAUCGGACACAGGAAAUGUCAAUCGGGGACGUUGCUCCUGACAGGAAUCUGCAUCGCCAUCAACAUUUUCCUUCCAAAAGAUCUGUGGCACCUGCGCACUGUUGUUGCUAUUCUUGGAAAAGGUCUCUCAGAAGCUGCCUUCACGACCGUCUUCCUCUACACGUCCGAGCUUUACCCGACUGUCCUCAGACAAAACGGUUUGGGCUACACCAACUUCGUGAGUCGUCUGGGCGUCGCCGUGGCUCCUCUCAUCCUGCUGCUGGAGGACGUGUGGACUCUCCUUCCUCAGAUCAUCAUCUGCUCUGUGGCCGUCGUGUCCGGCCUCGCGUCCCUGCUGCUGCCAGAGACUCUGAGGGUGAAGCUGCCGGAGACCAUCGAAGAAGUCGAGGAGCGGAGCCAGAAAUAACGUCUCCUCUCACUCUACGGAAACUUCUGCUGGAAACAAAAACCCAAACAGGAAGUGACCAGUGAUGACACAACACUGACCUCGAACACUUCACACUGGACUGUGACCGUUGAGCCAAAUAUAUGAUACUUGUGUGGACUGACUUUAAUCACUAUUAUUAUUAUUUUAUCGUUAUCUUUUUCUCAACUCUUUUAUUAUUUUAUCUUUCUUGGUUUUCCUGCCUUAUUUAAAUUGAUGGGAUUUAUAACACUUCCUGUUGAUAGUGUUUUGCUCAGUUCAUAUGUGUGUGUGUGUGGGGGGGGGUUAUCAUGUUUAUGACUUUUAUUCUGUAAAUUACUUUGUGUUACAUUGUAUGAAAAGUACAAUUGAGUGACGGAGUGAUUCAUCGUUAGGUCAGUUGGUCAGUUAGUUUGUUAAUUGGUUGAUUGGUUGGUCAGUUAAUUGACUGGUUAGUUGUUUGGUUGAUUUGUUGGUUGGUCAGUCAGUCAGUCGGUUGGUCGGUCAGUUGGUAACACUGUAGGGAAACAGACACUUACAUCCAGUACCUUUGUGGGAUUUUCCUGAAAACAGCAGAAUCAUUAAUUAUUUUUAUUUGACACCUGCAGGUGGACGCUCAACAACCCGACGUCUCUCACCGAGAGACGUGAAGUGCAGCCCUGCUCUUAUACAUACGACCAGAACUGUGGAGACACCUGUCAAACAUACAUCACUGCUCCUGACACGCUUACCUUCUACGGCACAAGGCCAAGCUAAAAGUGGACAGGAGAUAGAGUGAGCACCUAUCUCUGCGGCUGUGGUUUAAAUAGAAUAGAAAAGGCGCAAAUAGAAUUUGACGGCGCUGAGAGGUGGUGUGAAGAAUGACAAGAAUGUGCAUCCGCUGUAAUUUCCGGUGGGAAAGCUUCUCAGCAUUUUUUUUUGUGAAACUGCAAAUUCUGAUCUUUUGAUUUCAACACGACCACAAAUAAACUUGGUGAGACUCUG